CUUGUUUUUAGCAUUUAAACCUGAGAAGCGUCUAAACACGCCAAAGGGCUUUUGUGCCAGUGGGCACGUUUUCCCGUCCAGUAUCUUGGGAACUGCAUCCAGCGUCUCUGUUCUCUGUCUCCCCCUCCUGUCCUCAACCCUAGCUUACGUUUCCCUCUAUUAUUUUCCACUCAGUUUCUCGCAGUUUAAAAUGGCGGCGUUGAGUAGCGCCGAGUCUCCACCACCCGUCUUUAACGGAGACACCGCGGAUCUGGAGCCGGGCAGAGAGCGAGGCUUGGAGGAGCUGGGCGCUGGGCUGGACUCCACCUGUUCACCGGGGAUCCCCGGAGGUCCUCAGGAUGAGGAGAUCUGGAACAUCAAACAGAUGAUAAAGUUGACACAAGAGCACUUAGAAGCUCUACUGGACAAGUUUGGAGGAGAACAUAAUCCCCCUUCUAUAUAUCUAGAGGCCUACGAGGAGUACACCAGUAAAUUAGAUGCCCUGCAGCAGAGAGAGCAGCAGCUGCUGGAGGCUAUGGGAAAUGGCACAGACUUCUCUUGCUCGCCUUCUCCUCUGCCGACCCUAUUUGAUGUCAAGAUGGGCAGUUGUGGAGGUGGAGGACGCGCUCCGAAUUUUCACAGCUUGGCACCCAACACCUUGGCUGUCCUACAGGCCCCAGACACCAGCCGAUCCAACCCUCGCUCCCCCCAGAAGCCCAUUGUUAGGGUCUUCCUGCCCAACAAACAGAGAACAGUGGUCCCAGCUCGCUGUGGGAUGACUGCGAGAGACUCACUGAAAAAAGCACUGAUGAUGCGAGGCCUCAUUCCAGAGUGCUGUGCCGUGUACAGGAUACAGGAUGGAGAGAAGAAGCCUAUUGGCUGGGACACGGACAUUUCCUGGUUGACAGGAGAAGAGCUGCAUGUUGAAGUGCUGGAAAAUGUGCCGCUUACAACACACAACUUUGUGAGGAAGACGUUCUUCACACUGGCCUUCUGUGACUUCUGCAGAAAGCUGCUGUUCCAGGGUUUCCGCUGUCAGACCUGUGGUUACAAAUUCCACCAGCGCUGCAGCACUGAGGUUCCUCUCAUGUGUGUCAACUAUGAUCAGCUGGAUUUGUUGUUGGUGUCCAAGUUCUUUGAGCAUCAUCCAUUUCCCCAAGAGGAGGUGUCCUCAGAGGGAACCACUCCUGUGUCUGAAGCCUGUCCUUUACUCCCUCCAUCUGACUCAACCGGGUCUUUAUGCCACACUACUGUGUCCCCAUCCAAGUCCAUACCAAUCCCGCCUAGUUUUCGGCCCAAUGAAGAGGACCACCGCAAUCAAUUUGGCCAGCGAGACCGUUCGUCGUCUGCCCCCAACGUCCACAUUAACACUAUUGAGCCUGUCAACAUUGAUGAUCUGAUUCGGGAUCAGAGCUUAGCAAGGUCAGAUGGAGCCCCCCCGACCCACCCUGCCCGCAGCUUGAGGAAGCACCGAACACGGACCUCAAGCCCCCUCCUAUACUCCUACCCCAAUGACAUAGUGUUUGAUUUUGAGCCUGAGCCUGUUUUCCGAGGUUCCACUACAGGCCUGUCAGCCACACCUCCUGCCUCUUUACCUGGCUCACUGACCAAUGUGAAGGUUCCACAGAAGUCACCAUGUCAACAGAGAGAGCGCAAAUCAUCGUCCUCUUCCGAAGACCGCAAUAAGAUGAAAACCCUGGGUAGGAGGGACUCCAGUGAUGAUUGGGAAAUACCAGAGGGGCAGAUCACACUGGGUCAAAGGAUAGGCUCUGGAUCCUUUGGAACUGUUUUCAAGGGAAAGUGGCAUGGUGAUGUGGCAGUUAAGAUGUUAAAUGUCACUGCUCCCACACCACAACAGCUUCAGGCAUUCAAGAAUGAAGUGGGUGUCCUCAGGAAAACACGUCAUGUGAACAUCCUGUUGUUCAUGGGUUACACCACCAAGCCUCAGUUGGCGAUAGUUACCCAGUGGUGUGAAGGCUCCAGUCUAUACCACCACCUGCACAUCAUUGAGACCAAGUUUGAAAUGAUCAAGCUGAUUGAUAUUGCACGGCAAACUGCUCAGGGCAUGGAUUACCUGCAUGCCAAGUCAAUCAUCCACAGAGAUUUGAAGAGCAACAAUAUUUUUCUUCAUGAGGAUCUCACUGUGAAGAUUGGUGACUUUGGGCUGGCUACAGUCAAAUCCCGCUGGAGUGGCUCACACCAGUUUGAACAGCUCUCUGGUUCUAUAUUGUGGAUGGCUCCAGAGGUAAUCCGGUUACAAGACAAGAAUCCUUACAGCUUUCAGUCAGAUGUCUACGCUUUUGGCAUCGUGCUGUAUGAGCUAAUGUCAGGAGCACUUCCUUACUCAAACAUUAACAACAGAGAUCAGAUCAUAUUCAUGGUAGGUCGGGGUUACUUGUCUCCCGACCUUAGUAAAGUGCGCAGCAACUGUCCAAAGGCCAUGAAGAGACUAAUGGCUGACUGUCUGAAGAAAAAGAGAGAGGAGCGCCCUCUUUUUCCUCAGAUCCUGGCAUCCAUUGAGCUGCUGGCUCGCUCGUUACCCAAAAUCCACCGCAGCGCCUCUGAGCCUUCAUUGAACCGAGCUGGUUUUCAGACUGAGGACUUCAGCUUGUAUUCCUGCGCCUCACCCAAAACUCCCAUCCAGGCCGGUGUAUACGGAGAGUUUUCAGCAUUUAAGUAAGUGCUACAGAUCCUACCAGUCCAUCUCUCUUCACUUCUCAAAAGUCUUGUGACCAUGCGGUGGAUUCAUUCAUUUCUGAAAAAAACUGAAUAAAUAGUCUCAAUGAAUGUGCUGUUUACUCCCUUUGUUAACAUGACGAAGGCAGACUCACCAAAGGCAACACAAAACUGUCCAGCAGGCGAACAACCACUGCAACAGACAAAGUCAAAUUAAAAUAAAUUGACAAAAAAGCAAAUUGAAUGCCAAACAUUAUCCAUCUUUAAAACGGGGUUUAUUGCCUGCUGGAGGGAAAGGAUGAAGGCAAAAGCACGAAAACAUGAAGGUGGAACUUCAGGAUAAGUCCAGCCUUCGGGCGCCACCCCAUCCCAUCAUUUCCUGAAUGGGCGAGGAGGGAAGCUCUUUAUCAGCUGGGCUGCUGAACUUCACUUCACUUGUCACUUCACUUCACUUUAAAUGACAGGGUCUGUGAACGAAGCAGUGGUCUCUCAUCUGUUGGUUUAAACAAAGGGCCAGAUGUUAACUCAUUCACUUUGAGAUCACUCAGCUCGGAGUUUUUGUUUGUUUUUGUUUUCAAUGCUUCGUUUCCAUUUUAAAGAGAUCAUUAUUUUAGAAAAAGAAACUUCUUCCUAUCACUCCAAAGAGGCUUCUUUUGUCUUUUUUGUAAUUAACUGUCCAAAAUGUGCUGCCUCCUAAUUUGACACAAAUGAUACAACAACAGCCAUCCAGAUUUUUGCAGAAAAAGGGUUCUGGUGAAAAACCCAGCACCUGCGGGGUUUGACCUACUGCUCCAUGGGAGAACAGAUGAAUAAUUUGGUGGUUACAUUAAAAUAACCUGCUUUUAGCCAAUAAAUGACUUUGAGAAGCUGCAAGUGUUUCCAACACCUCCAAAGCUCACCAGUCAAAGCUUUUCGUGUUUAAGUUAAAUAAGGAGAAGCAAUUACUAGGUUUGUUAGAAGCUGCAGAGAUCUGACCGAUUAGUACAUUGCUAAAGGACCCAGUGAUGGAGGAAAAGCUCUCAUAAGUUGGAUGAUGAAAGCUAAUUAAGGUUUCUAUUCCAAUGCCUCGUCUAACCUGCUGUUCAGGGUUUACAUUGAGCUAAGAGAUUGUGUACAGUUCUUGUGGCUACUUUUGAGCUUUGAAGUUUUUACACUGCAUUUUUUAACUGUUUCUUUCUUUGCUUUUGUAUGUUUUCACUCAAACCAUUGUUUUUGAUCUUGUGGUUUUAAUAUUGCACUUAAAUUAAGGGACUUGAGUUGUUGCAGCUGCUAAAUAACAGGCCACUCCAUUGUCUUAGUGAAAGGAGCAUGAGGAACUAUUAAGGUGAGCACAUCAGAGUAGUUCUGAGAAGUUUGAAAUUUUACCUUUUAUUUUUACACACGCACACAUAACUGUAGUUUUUCAUUCCAUUGUGCGUGUGUUAGGGGUUUUAGGAUUUUUUUUGUAAUUGUCAUUGUUUGCCUUUUUCUGUACAGGCAGGCCUGCAGAUAAUUACUUAUUUAUUAUUGUUGUUUUUGUUGAUUUAUGGAUUUACUUUCAUAGAUGCUUCAUUUGACACUAUUAGUGUUUCUUUUGACACUUGUACUUGCACUUUCUAGAAAUUGAUGGAAGCAAAUGGGCAACUUGGCUUGUCUUUGUAUUAAAUAAACUGUGACAUACAGAGCUGAUUAUCCAAAAUUCAUCCAAACCAUGCAGACUGGGGAUAUUUUGCUGGAAUAGCACAGUUGCAUUGCAAGGCCUUUUCUUUGCUAAAGCUGCAGCAGAUUUGCAUGUCACUGUACCUACAGAGAUGUGAGAAAAGUCUGCUGGCUGGUGAAUAGCGUGAAAAUGGAGCACAGUGUCAGCUUCACACUUAUUAAUCUUGUGUUAUUCCAACAUAAACAUUUUCAACUAAUCCUGAGUGUCCACUAGUAUGCCAAUAUACAUUUUGUUGUAUACCUUUUUAUGACGCUAUACAACAUGUUGGGUAAUUCACCUUUUUGUCAUGUGCAAAUGUCCCAUUUUAGGUGUGAAAUAAUUGCAAUGCUACAAAUUUAGCCUAGGUUUGCACAAAGAAUGGAAGUCGUGGAGAAUGGGAGCAGUUAACCGGGUUAGUCUCAAUCAUUUGAAUUAUUCCAUUAUUGAGCAACUCAUGAAAUAUUUUACAAGAUGCAUGUUAAACAACUAGUCAAAUCAUAUAUUAUCGUAUUUUUACAAGUUGGGAAAAUAAUCCCAGGUUAGAGGUGGCAAAGUGACAAAAUUACAUCUGAAAAUGCUUUGUCUUAUGUAACCAUCACACAUACUGAUUUAUAAGGCCAAGACAGUGACAGCUGAAUGAUAAUGAGAGCUGAUUUUACUGCCUGUACAUCCCACAAUCAAAGCAGACAUGUCUAGACCCUUAGACUACAUGUGCAUUAAGUAGAGUAUUUUGUAAAGCAAAAAGCCAAUCUUACAGUAUCAGUGUAAAGUGUAUCAGCUAAAACAUUUGAAAUAUGCAACAAAAGCUAAAUUUGCCUUCAAACAAGUACUUUCAAUGAGUCAGUACGCAAUGGACAACAAAAUACAAAAAAACGAACUCCAUGUGGAUCAGUGCAAUUAAUUUUUAUUGUAGCCUAUUGCCAUUUGCUGUCUUUCUAUAUAGGCUCAAAAUUGCCUUUUUGCAAAGAAUUUAAUCCAGAAGAAAUGCAUUGAUUCAGUUUAGAAAAACUGUAAUGACGGAGUAAGGUUUUAGAUUCUUUUAGAGGUAGGUUAUCAGAAAAAAAAUGAACACGAUCUUGGUGGUGACAGACAUAUCAACAGACACAGAUUGGUCCAAAGCCUCCAACUGUGAAUGCAAGGGCAUCUUUCCUAAGGGGCUAUUGGUGGUUACAUUUGUAGUUCUCUGCUGAAAGUGCAUGGCUGUAAAACCAGAUCAUGUUGACAGCUGUCACUGGCCCAAAUUUUAGAAUCUACGAGAGUUUACACCCUCUGUGUUUUGAUUCUUCAUGGUAGUUUUUUUGUUGCCUUCACUACCAGCUGUCCUUUUUUGCCAUGUGUACCUACAAGAUUGAUCUACAUCAUGUAUUUAUUUAUUUAUUUAUUUAUUUAUUACUUAAGGGCACAUGUGUUAAAAAAAAUAUUGAAUCUAACAAAAGGUAUCUCUGGACUAGCUGUGUAGUGAUUUUACAUUACUUAGGGUUGAGCAGAUAAAUGAAUUCUGAGGAGUAAUAAAAUCCCAAACUCUGUGAAGCCCUUGAUCAUCUUAUUGUCCAUCGGAUGUAGUAACUCAUGGUCCCAGGUGAUGUCUGUCUGUUGUGUGCUCCUGUUCUAUAUUUUGCACAGUAACUAGAGUAGGGUAAUGCUUUUACUUGUUUUUAUUUUUGUUGCUGUUGUUUUACUUGAUCUGGUUAGCCUUUAAUGAAACCACUAGUCAAACUGCUUAUUGUUCUUUGUUUUCUGACUUUUUCAUGUUUUAGGCUUUCCUGAAAUUAUACAAUAAUCAAAUGUGCAUGAUUACACAGGUAUAUUUUUAAAGGCACCGGGGCUCUAUAUAGUUUAAUUAUACUAACUGUAAUAGAUACAGCUUUCACAUACAGCUAGUUGUAUUACAUUACUGAAAAGGGAGAUCACACUGUCAUUUUCAACUAUUUUACAUUUUUGAGGGUCCAGGGUUGAAUCAAUACAGCUUACCAAAAGACUGAAAAACCCUGUACAGCAGUAUAAAAUCCACACAUUUGCAAAUCUACCCUUACUAUCAAAUAGUAUUGUUCUGCAUUCUCGAAUUGAAUGACCUGAUCUUCCACAUUCCAACUGUCUUCUCACUCCCCUUCAGUGGUACAUAUCUAUAUUUAGGCCCAUUCACAAAUCUUAGAGGUGCUUUGUGAAAAUCUGAUGUUAAAAAUGGUGUGAUGAUCAUGAUCGCAACAUGAGUUUAAAUAAGCUUUAAUAACUACAAUUUUCCAGGUCAGGACUAAGCUGUCAGCCUCAUUUUUGUAAGUGUACCAUAUGGUCUUCCACAAUCAAUUUUCCAUUCAUCAAGUUUGUCUUUGCAGAUAGCUUACCUGAGGCAGUUUGCAUUCAUGUCUUUUGAAGUUCUUUAUGUAUUAAUCUUAAAAUCUUACUUUGUAUGAGAAUGCUAUCACAGGUAUUUAUCCACUAAACCUUUAUAGAACCUACAGGAGGGAACACUGAGCGCUACCACAAACCCUCUUCUCCUCAUCUUUUUAUGUUCAGGCUCUACAUUCACGUACCUAAAUCUUCUCAAUUGUCCUCCCUGCCUGCAACGUCAACCCAAUAUUUAAUUUAAACUGAUAACUAACAUGGAAAUUUUGUGGACAUUUGUUUUUCACAUGUAAAUAGUUGUACAAAGGAAAUACUGUGGGUUUGCGAAGAGAACAUUGAGGCUACAAAUGUAACAAAUCAUAAAAAAUUCCAAAUAAAGUUGAAGACAUUUUGAUAGGCAGAUUUGUGAUAAAAGCAGUUAAGUGUAAAAAUAUUUAAGGCUGUAAUAUAAGAAGAAAGAGCUUAAUGUAUUUGUUGUGAAUAUGGAAAAACUGAUAUAUUAAAGAAGUGCAUGGAAACUGUU